AUGGGUUCGGGAGACUUGAACAUGAAAAAGAGUUGGCAUCCCCAGCGAUCGGGGAAUGUCGCCGCCACUCAUAAAGCCGAAGCCGAAGCGAUCGCAGAACGCAAGAAGUUGCAACAGCGCCUCCAAGAAAUUGAAGAGGAGCGAAAGAAGGAAGAAAUCCAAAAGGCGCUGGAGGCCGCGGGGGGCAAGCCAAGACUACAGAGGGUAGAGUGGAUGUACUCCGGUCCGACCGACGGGCAGGCAGGCGACGCGGCCGAGAACGAAGCAUACUUGCUGGGGAAACGGCGGAUCGAUAAACUCUUGCAAGACAACGAUGUGAAGAAGCUGCAGAAGUCGACACAGGACUCGGCUGGGGCUGCUCCGGUUCCCGCAAUCGCCAACGCCCGGGAUGUGGCCACCAAGAUCAGGGAGGAUCCGAUGCUGGCGAUCAAGCGGCAGGAACAGCAGGCUUACGAGGCGAUGAUGAAGGACCCCAUUAGGAGGCGACAGUUGUUGGCGUCGAUGGGCAUUGAUGAUACACAGGACAAGUCCAAACGCAAGGAAGAGCGGCGGCACAAGCAUCGGCAUACACACCGUUCACACAGGCACCGGGAUGAGAGGGAAAGUGACAAGUAUUCGCGUCGGCAUAGAUCCGAUUCGAGGGACAGGUCGAGGAGCCCGAGGAGGCGCGACUCAGUGGAGGAUGACAGGAGGCGACGGAGGAGGGAUUCCCGUGAUCGCAGGCGGGAGAAGUCGGUGUCUACCGACUCUCGGGAUCGGAGUAGCGAGGAUAGGAGGGACAAGCGGGAUACGCGAGAUCGUCGGAGUAGGAGCCGCGACGGCGUGCACAAAGAUAGGCGGUCACGAGUUGCAUCCCGGUCGGCAUCCCCACCACGACGAAGGAGAGAUUACUCGGCUGAUAGACAUGACCGGGGGAAACGGGAACAAUCAGGGGAACGCAGCGGAGGGUACAACCCUCGCAGUGGCAACUCUUACAACAAAUCGCGCAAGUACGACGAUGACCGCCACGACCGCGCUCCACCACGACAAGACAGGCACCCCCAACGUCCCUCGAGCGGCGCUACCGCAGACAGGGAGAAGGCCGCGCAAGAAGAGCGCGCCCGCAAGCUGGCGGCCAUGCAGGAAGCUGCCACGGAUCUUGACAAGGACCGCGAGCAACGGUUGGCGCUCCUAGCGGAUCAAGAGCGGGCAGAACAAGAGUCGGACGACCGCGCGCGGCAGCGCAACAAGCGGUUUGGAGGGGAUGCUGGGUUCAUGAACGACCUCCAUAGUCGGGCGGCCGAGUUGAAGGUUGCUGAUCGGGCUGGGAGGAGGUAA